UCCUUCCGGGCUCCGGGGCAACCGCACAGCAGGGAGGGGCACAGCCACAAAGUGGCGCGAAUCCGAACAACCGGAGAGCCCGGAGGAGGCCGGUAGGGCGCGCGCACCGGGGAAGGCUUUAGCAGCUGUGGCCACCGGGGGUCAGAAGACACACCCAACACAAAGCCCAGAACAGCGGGGACUGGAAAGCUCUGUGAGCCGAAGGCCAGGCCGCCAGAGGAAGUUUCAAGUGCUCCAGCCCCAGGCCGUGCACCUCCUGUGGUCAGUGCCAGUGGGAUCUGAGGAUCAACUGUACCCCAGGCCAUGCCAGGCCAGGGACUGCCCCUGCACGUAGCCACCCUGUUGACAGGGCUGUUGGAAUGCCUAGGCUUCGCCGGCGUCCUCUUCGGCUGGGCGUCCCUGGUAUUUGUCUUCAAAACAGAGCAUUACUUUGAGGAGCUGUGUGAGCCGAAUGCCGGGCUGCUGGGCAAUGCCACGGGCCAAGAUGAUUGCAGAGCCCAAGAUGAGAGGUUCUCCCUCAUCUUCACCGUGGCAUCCUUCAUGAACAACUUCAUGACCUUCCCCACUGGCUACAUCUUUGAUCGUUUCAAGACCACCGUGGCCCGCCUCAUAGCCAUAUUUCUCUACACCUGUGCCACGCUCAUCAUUGCCUUCACCUCUGCAGGCUCAGCCGUGCUGCUCUUCCUGGCCAUGCCCAUGCUCACCGUCGGGGGAAUCCUGUUUCUGAUCACCAACCUGCAGGUUGGGAACCUAUUUGGCAAACACCGCUCGACCAUCAUCACCCUCUACAAUGGAGCAUUUGACUCGUCCUCGGCCGUCUUUCUUAUCAUUAAGCUCCUUUAUGAACAGGGCAUCAGCCUCAGGGCCUCCUUCAUCUUUCUCUCUGUCUGCAGUGCCUGGCAUGUUGGGCGUACCUUCCUCCUGAUGCCCCGGGGGCAAAUCCCCUACCCACUGCCCCCCAACUACAGCUAUGGCCUGUGCUCUGGGGAUAGCGCCAGAGAGAAGAAGGAAACUGCAGAGUCCAAAAUGAUGGAUCUACAGUCCCAGGAGUUUCUGUCACCAAAGGAAGAGAUCCCAGGACCAGGACAGCUGGAGGAACCCCGUUCUUUCUGGAGCUAUGUUUUCUCCCGGCGCUUUGCCUGGCACCUGGUGUGGCUGUCUGUGAUACAGCUGUGGCACUACCUCUUUAUUGGCACCCUCAACUCUCUGCUGACCAACCUGGCCAAUGACGACAGAGCACUGGUCAGCAGCUACACAAAUGCCUUUGCCAUCACGCAGUUCUUUGGAGUGUUCUGUGCCCCCUGGAACGGCCUGCUCAUGGACCGGCUUAAACAGAAGUACCAGAAGGAAGCGAAAAAGACAGGUUCUUCGGCCUCAGCAGCAGCCCUUUCCUCAGCGGUGCCUUCGCUGGCCCUGACAUCUUUGCUGUGCCUGGCCUUCGCCCUCUGUGCCUCAGUCCCCGUCCUCCCGCUCCAGUACAUCACCUUCAUCCUGCAAGUGAUCAGCCGCUCCUUCCUCUACGGGGGCAACGCUGCCUUCCUCACCCUCGCUUUCCCCGCGGAGCACUUUGGGAAGCUCUUCGGGGUCGCGAUGGCCCUGUCAGCCAUUGUGUCUCUGCUGCAGUUCCCUAUCUUCACUCUCAUCAGAGGGCCCCUGCAGAACAACCCGUUCUACGUGAACCUGACGCUGGUGCUGGUCACUCUCCUGACCUUCGUCCACCCCUUCUUGCUGCGCCGGGAAUGCCGGGAGAAAGGAGCGCCCCCUGCAGCCCCUUAGUUCAGAAGACCUCGCUUUUCGACCCUUCACAUGCUUUUGCUCCUCUUUGUUGGAGAACCCCGUGCCCCAAAAGAUGUUGCCUGUUUACACUACUUGUAUUAAAUAACCAUUAUUUUCUCUUUUAAAAGAAAGAUGGCCCUGGCUGGUUUGGCUCAGUGGUUAGGUCGCUGGGCCUCAGAUCCAAGAGUCAUGGGUUUGAUU